CAAUCUAAACCUGCAGAAGGAGGUGGUUAAUGAUUCCAGACAGUUUGUGAAAUUCGACUUCGGAAAACACACAACAGCACACAAAAUGAAAACCUUUAUGGUUCUGGGAGCAACUGGGUCAGGAAAGACAACCCUCAUCAACGGGAUGAUCAACUACAUCUUGGGCGUGGAAUGGGGAGACAACUUCAGAUACAAGUUAAUAGCGGAAGAGACAGGAAAAUCCCAGGCUGAGAGUCAGACAUCCUCCAUCACUGCCUACCAGCUCCACCAUCAGGAAGGAUUUAACAUCGAUUACUCUCUGACCAUUAUUGACACGCCAGGAUUCGGGGACACUAGGGGCAUCAUCCGGGAUAAACAGAUCACUGAUGAUAUCCGCGAGUUCUUCACUUCCACACAGGGUAUUGAUCAGGUCAACGCUGUCUGUUUUGUUGUUCAGGCCGCCCUGGCUCGCCUGACUCACACACAGAAAUAUGUCUUUGAUUCGAUUCUUGCUAUCUUUGGCAAAGAUAUUGCAGAGAACAUUAGGAUCUUUGUGACAUUCGCAGAUGGAGAGCGCCCCCCCAUUCUGGAUGCCUUGAAUGUAGCUGAUGUACCGUGUCCCAAAGACGAGUCAGGUAUGCCAAUGUACUUCAAGUUUAACAAUUCAGCCAUUUUUGCACAGCGUCCAAUAUCUGAAAACACGGGCAAUUUGGGGACAUCCGGUUACAGCAGGAGAGAGGAAGAUGAUAAUAAUAACUUUGCUGCAAUGAAUUGGAAUAUGGGAGCAAACAAUAUGAAGAAAUUCUUCACAGCUCUGAACACGAUGGAAGCAAAAAGCUUACGUUUGACCAGGGAGGUUCUGAAGGAACGUAAGCAGUUGGAGGCUAUUGUGGAGGGAUUGCAGAUUCAGGUCAAAGCAGGACUGACAAAACUGGACGAACUCAGGAAGACGCAACAGGUUUUGGAUCAAAACCAGGUCAAUCUGGAUGCAAAUAAAGAUUUUGAGUAUGAAGUUAAUGUUGUUGUUAAAGAAAGGAAAUGGAUUCCUUACCUUUCAAACAACUGUGAGCAAUGUGACUUCACAUGCGACGCUCCUUGUUUAGUUGCUGUCAAGUCACUUGGGAAGUGGUGCACAUCGAUGGACUCAUCGCGAAACUGCACAGUCUGUCCACUGAAAUGUGGCUGGGCCGAUCACAAAAGACAAUUUAGCAGGGUUGUCUGCAAAACAAAAAAGGAAAAAAAGGCAUACAGUGAGCUGAAAGAAAGGUAUGAGAAGGCCCAUGGAGUGAAGAUGACCCAACAGAAAGUCAAGGAGUCACUUGAGCAGGAGUUUGAUGAGGUUGGAGGCAAAGUGAUGGAGCUGAUUCAACAAUUAUCCAGGAGCCGUAAACGACUUAAUGAAAUAGCUCUGAGACCAAACCCAUUAUCCACCCCAGCCUACAUUGACCUCAUGAUUCUGGAUGAGAAAAAUUAUGCGAAUCCUGGCUACAUGGGUCGAAUUGAGGCAUUGACGACUGUAAAGAAUAUGGCUGAGUUACAGGAAAAAGUAGCGAAAAAUGAGUUGUUAACAGAGCAGCCGAAGGAAGAUUCAAUACGAAUUGCAGCUAAACAAAUCUUUUCUAAUGUGUUGAACUGGUUCACUCUAUAA